AUGAAUGGCAACCAGCAGAUGAGCCGGGAGAAUCGAGGCGAUGGGAGCAGCAUUACUCGCGUCGGAACACCCACCAGCCAGGGUCCGUCUGCCUCGUCCACGCUGUCGAGCUACGAGGCGGUGUCCGAGUUGGCCGAUCUGUUGGCCCCGCCGGACGCAUUUGCUGCCAGUUCACAGACUGGCAACCUGUUGUUCGGUGCGUCGGUCUGCACGACCGGACACGCAACAGACAGCGGGUCUCGGCGCAGCGCCGGCCAGAAGACGUCGGCGGGGGACAGGUCGAGUCCGCUGGCGACGGGCUCGGAGUUGGCCGAGCAGAGCUUGGGAACGGCGGCCGCCACGCGGGCUCCAGUCAACCAGCAUCGGCGUCAGAUCAGCCUGAUCCAGAUCAGCAUCGACAGGCUUCCGAGGCAGGCGCGCCGGCCGAGAACCGCGGUCAGAGGAGAGGGCCUCGAUGAAGAGGAGGACGAGCAGGAAGAGGAGGAGGAAGAAGAAGAGGAGGAGCAGGAAGAAGAGGAGUUGGAGCAAGCGUUGGACGGCGAAAACGAAGAAGACGACGCCGAUGAGCAGAAUGGGACUUUGGCCGGUCGGAUCCACGCAAUUCACGCACGCGAUCUAGUCAGUUAUGAAGUGCAUUCGUCUGAGGUGCGACGAUCAAAGUCGUUGGGAUCAACUGCCUCGAGAAAACAGUGUCAACACCACAGUCGUUUGUUGCUGAGCCCUCAGCAACGGCUUCUUCAGCCCUGGCGACCAACUGCACUGUAUGCUCGGCAGGUGCCGGCCAUGCAGCAGCAACAUCAGAUUCUGGUGCCGCAGCCCGCGAGAGCUCAGCAGCGUUUUAAGACGCACAAAUAUCUCGAG